UGGUGCGAUCAAAUGAGAUGAUAGCUUUUUUUUUCCUUUCCUUCUUUCCAUUUACUCUUUCCCAUUUUUUCACAACCCUACACGGUAGAAGAUCCCUCGCCAAAUCUUUGAAGACCGUACAAGUUUUGGACGACUUUUCGUGUACUCGCGAAUGCUCCCGCGCCGAGGGAUUGUGCGCAUCAGUCAACUUCUACAUAGAGAAAGAUUCUGAUGGCAAGCACCUUUGCGAGUUACUCACGGAUGACAAGGAGCAACAAGGAAAGCUUGAGAAAGAUGCCCAUGUUGACUUCAUCUCACCUGAGUUGUUGCCGUCUUGUGCUUAUAUCCAGUCAUCACACGGUGCUUACACCAGCGCCAUAUAUCGCAUCGCCCUCAACCCCUCUCGGCCACUCGACGUCUACUGCGACCUGGUCACUAGCGGGGGAGGCUGGACCUUAAUCCAGAGGCGCAUGGAUGGUUCGGUGGAUUUCUACCGUAACUGGGAUGAGUACAAGCGGGGGUUUGGUGACAAGGAGGGAGAGUUCUGGCUUGGGUUGGAUAAUAUCCAUACUUUGACGUCACAGAGGCGGUACCGCGUGCGCUUUGAUAUGGAGGACUUCGAGGGGAACACCAGCUACGCCGAGUACGAUGACUUUAGAGUUGGUGAUGAGGCAUCUAAAUACAAACUUGUUGCUGUUAGAGCAUACUCAGGUGAUGCAGGAGACAGCUUCCUUUACCAGAAAAAACAAUCCUUCUCUACCAAAGAUGUCGAAAACGAUGCCCAUCCAACCAUAAAUUGCGCCCGUGCGUAUCAAGGGGCCUGGUGGUACAAUCAGUGUCAUAUGUGUAAUCCUAACGGACUCUAUCUUGGAGGUGCCAACGGUGCGUACGCGCAUGCUAAAGGCGUAACUUGGAAAACAUGGCUUGGACAAAAUUACUCCCUCAAGCAAAUUGAAAUCAAAGUGAGGCCUUUUUAGACAGAGUGGUAGACCUAUUUCAAUUAAUUUUGAAUCAAUUAAGAGUGAGCGUCUCAGACCAAGAAUUUUUUUGUUCAGAACGAAAAUACCAUCUUUCGCCAGGAGAUAGCCCUUGAUGACCUUAGUAUUCUGUGAAAUUUUGAAACGAAUCGGAUAAAUAUCUUUGGCUUGAGAGGGGAAAAUGUAUUUUUCGAAUAAAAUUUGCGAUUUUUCGGUAUUUUUCGACUUGAACAGAAAAUGUCUAAAAAAAAAAAAAGAAAAAAUUAAGCCCGGCGGCAAAAAUCAAACUUGAUUGAUAGAAAUUAUAUAAUUGUACAUAUUUGGAUUAGGUCGUUGGUAGCUCUAGUAUUUUUCUUAAUUUUUAACAGAUUUUUCAAUUAUUUUAUGUUUUUCGUACUCCGUAAAUAAGCCCGGAGGAAAACGAGACCUAUAUCUUCCAUGGGACUUGGGACUUGGGGUUUUCGUAACGGAAUAUAUGACUUCUCUCCCCCUACUAAGUUUCUUUCCUUAGUAGGGGGAGAGAAGUCAUAUAUUCCGUUACGAAAAACCCCCAAAAUCGUAUAUUACACACAAAUAUGACAACAACAAGGCAUGUUCUAAGUUGUAAGGCAAUUUUAUUGGCAAUGUUUCACAAAAAAUCGCGACUUCAAUCCACUCGUUUUACCUCUAAGAAUAACAGCCGAUUCCAAGCUACGAACAAGCUUCGAAACCAUUGCCUGGGCUACCUGUGUAUAAAACAAUGAAUGCGGACAACACCACAGAUAGCCCAUGUAAACACAGCUGUCGUGUACAUAUAACGUUCAUAUUUCUUUUUCCAGUUCUAUCGCUGAUAUAAUAAACUAUAAAAUGCUAAAUAUUCGUGUCAUGGUAUCUGUUUAUUGUGAAACAGAGCCAUAAUAGAAUGUUCUGUUGAUUCCGGCUGUACACUACUAGCUACUACUUGUACAACUUACUAGAGCGCAUAAAAGCUCGAACAGCCAAUUUGAGACUGUUUAAAAAUAUCCACUACACUGUCAUGGAACCUAGGGAUAGAAAAGGGGGGUUGUCAUUGUUGCCUAUGGAUACAAGCAUUGACAGGGUUGUCAUGCAUCCUGGGGAUAUAAACGAUAAACGGGUGUUUUUAUUCACCCUAGGGAUGCAAUGUAUGGUUUUAAUGAAACCUUGGGAUAAAAGAGAGGGUAGUUAUGGACCCUAAGGAUAUUUAUAUCAGAUAUCAAGACUCUAGACGUAAAUAUUGGUACAGAUUCUAGAAGAAGCACACAAGUUUACACCUUACUUGUAGUACAAGGGCAUGUUGCCAAGACCUCACUGAUAUGUUAUAUAAAAGAAGAUUUUCUUCUGGACUUUAUCAGAUCUUCGGAAUCCAGCUCAAGGAACACGCACACAUUUUUUAGCAUUUUAAGAUUCAUGGAAACCAGUUUUCCAUUUGCAUAGAGAGAGCACAGGUUGACCGAGUCGAUCUCAAUGGGGUGUGUCAGCUGACAUUCUCGGAUGAUUCUCGUGAUUAGCUGCGAUGAUGUCAUCUUCAGUGAUGUCAUCGGUCACUCCAGCACCUCUGGAAUCUGGCUGAUCCACUUUGGAAAAUGUGACCUUUCUAUGACAAGGCUGCAGUUCUAUACCGGGACAAGAUACUCCAAGAGCAGUCUUCACAGCCAAAUAUCGAAUCAGCUUCACAACCAAGCGAGACGGCAACCCUUUUACGUGGGUGGGCAUUGAAGGAAGCCCGUCCGACUAAAAACGCGCGCCACAGGGCUCCUGAACACUCGAAAGGCUAAAAGUCCGAUUCAGCACAAAGAGAGCCUGCCCCCUCCUACUAAAAACGCGCGCCACAGGGCUCCUGAACACUCGAAAGGCUAAAAGUCCGAUUCAGCACAAAGGGAGCCUGUCCCCUCCUACUAAAAACGCCCCCUCCUACUAAAAACGCGCGCCACAGGGCUCCUGAACACUCGAAAGGCUAAACGUCCGAUUCAGCACAAAGGGAGCCUGCCCCCUCCUACUAAAAACGCGCGCCACAGGGCUCCUGGACACUCGAAAGGCUAAAAGUCCGAUUCAGCACAAAGGGAGCCUGCCCCCUCCUACUAAAAACGCGCGCCACAGGGCUCCUGAACACUCGAAAGGCUAAAAGUCCGAUUCAGCACAAAGAGAGCCUGCCCCCUCCUACUAAAAACGCGCGCCACAGGGCUCCUGAACACUCGAAAGGCUAAAAGUCCGAUUCAGCACAAAAAGAGCCUGCCCCCUCCUACUAAAAAACGCGCGCCACAGGGCUCCUGAACACUCGAAAGGCUAAAAGUCCGAUUCAGCACAAAGGGAGCCUGCACCCUCCUACUAAAAACGCCCCCUCCUACUAAAAACGCGCGCCACAGGGCUCCUGAACACUCGAAAGGCUAAACGUCCGAUUCAGCACAAAGGGAGCCUGCCCCCUCCUACUAAAAACGCGCGCCACAGGGCUCCUAAACACUCGAAAGGCUAAAAGUCCGAUUCAGCACAAAGAGAGCCUGCCCCCUCCUACUAAAAACGCGCGCCACAGGGCUCCUGAACACUCGAAAGGCUAAAAGUCCGAUUCAGCACAAAGGGAGCCUGCCCCCUCCUACUAAAAACGCGCGCCACAGGGCUCCUGAACACUCGAAAGGCUAAAAGUCCGAUUCAGCACAAAGGGAGCCUGCCCCCUCCUACUAAAAACGCGCGCCACAGGGCUCCUGAACACUCGAAAGGCUAAAAGUCCGAUUCAGCACAAAAAGAGCCUGCCCCCUCCUACUAAAAAACGCGCGCCACAGGGCUCCUGAACACUCGAAAGGCUAAAAGUCCGAUUCAGCACAAAGAGAGCCUGUUUGCAGGCUAAGCUUUCUAUGAAGGACUAAAUUCGACGGGAAGCGUGGCGUACGAUUGCGUAUAAGUCGAGGUCGAUCGAAUGGUUGACCUAGCGUUAUCGAGUGCUCUUUUGAACUUCUACGGUUAGAUACGCCUUGUAAGAUAUUAUUUAGAGUCUACCAGGACCACAUUUAUAUGAACUCGUUUUGGCGAUAAAAGGUGCCCCGAUGCAAAGGUAUGUGCUCUUACGACAGCCAUUGUCUUGCAAUUGUUGAAAUAUGAGCGCUCAAUGGGGGCUGUUUAUCGCCUCAUCAAAACUCGUGUUUUUAAUUGCCACAAAAUUUUAUUUGAUAUAUUGGAAGCAAAAUAAGUGCUGUAUACUUAGAGUGAAAAGAAUUGUGCAAUUCUACGUCCCAUGGAAGAUAUAGGCCUCGUUUUCCGGGCUUAUUUACGGAGUACGAAAAACAUAAAAUAAUUGAAAAAUCUGUUAAAAAUUAAGAAAAAUACUA